GGUGGACAAGCACAACGCCUAGAAGUUCCGGUCGGCUACCUAAUUUACCCGGGAAAAUAGCGAGAGCAAACCUGAAUGCUUUAGUCCGCAGCGACCAAUACACCUCAUAUUCCGACCUUACACGACCCCAUCUCUAUCAAUUGAUCCGUAUAUCGCGAUCAAUUGGGCCACCGCUGGCAGAGGCUCCUUCUCUACGUCCUAAUCCUCAGUCACGAUGUUGUCACGAGCCGCUAGACCAGCUCUCCGAGCUGCUGCCGCAGCUAAUGCUCGGGCCGCCGCCGUCCCCAGCUCCGCUGCCACCUAUGCGACUCUCCGUGAGAUCGAGGACCGUCUCAAGUCCAUCCGAAACAUCGAGAAGAUCACAAACACCAUGAAGAUUGUCGCCUCCACCAAGCUCACCCGAGCCCAGCGCGCCAUGAACGACUCUCGCAAGUACGGUCAGACCUCUAAUGAGGUCUACGAGUCCGCUGAGACCAAGGCCCUCGAGACUGAGGACAAGAAGACCCUUAUCAUCGUCUGCUCUUCCGACAAGGGUCUCUGCGGUGGUAUUCACUCUGGUCUGUCCCGAUAUGUCCGCCGACUUCACGCCGAGCAGCCUGGCUUUGACCUCGUCCUCAUUGGUGAGAAGGCCAAGGCUCAGCUCUCACGAACCAACGCCUCAGCUAUCCAGCUGAGCUUUGCUGGCAUUGGCAAGGAUGUUCCCACCUUUGCCGACGCCCAGGCCAUCGCCGACCAGGUUAUUCAGCUUCCCACUGAGUACACCGACAUCAAGAUUCUGUACAACAGCUUCGUCAACGCUCAGACCUACGAGGCUUCCCUGAUUGAGGCAUUUUCUGAGGAGGCUAUCCAGCAGUCCCCCAACUUCUCUGCCUUCGAGGUUGACGAGGAGGUUCUUGGCAACCUUCGCGAGUACAGUCUUGCCAACUCCCUCUACUGGGCUCUUGCUGAGGGCCACGCCUGCGAGCAGUCUGCCCGACGAAACGCUAUGGAUAACGCCUCUAAGAACGCUGGUGAGAUGAUCAACAAGUACCAGAUUCUCUUCAACCGUACUCGACAGGCCGUCAUUACCGGAGAACUGGUUGAGAUUAUCACUGGUGCUACUGCCUCUGCGGACAUGUAAGGAGUGGGAGUACAAGAUGGGGUGUAAUGCUUCCCUUUGUAACAAAUGUCAUCGGGCUACCAUCCAUGUAUGGUUUCCCCCAUUGUAUCAAAGCCUUCAAUAAAUUCCUUAGUAGCCCAUGCAAUCAAUGCACGGCAGUCCAAAAAAAAAAAAAAAAAAAAAAAAAGAAAAACAGAACAAACAUCGCUUCUCGAUGGCUGUAAGCGGAAGUAAGAAUUUUCAUUGUAAAAAAACUUCGAUAAAUUCAAGUACAAGUUAUAAGUCAACCACCCUCGUCUGAAAACGCCGAACACUGAUACCAUUAUAUUUUGAGAACCAUCAACAACCAAAACGGAGUAGCCUCUCAAGUUCAAAUCUCAGAACCCAAGGUCACUGUCCUCCGCAUAACUUAUGUGCCUCGUCCUGCGAUGUUUGCUGGAACUCUCGUGAGGAACCUCUGUUAUCUUGGCGGUACCAAAGGGAUUCUCUUUCUCGUAAGCUGUUCGCAGUGCAGCGGCCUCCUGAUCCCAUCGUUCGGUGGCCCGGGUCCAUGCCUGAACAGCUUCAGCGUACCCGCGCUUUUGCUCGGUUGCCUGGUCUUCAUACGGCUUGCGUUCCUCAGACGAAGCGUCCCU